CUCACAAUGCAGCCAGUGGGCGGGUUUGCCCAGCAGAGUUUUGGGCUUGGAUGGGAUUAUUACGUCUGGGCUGGCACGGACGCUACCUAGGUAUUACUGGGAAUUGGGAAUCUUGGGCACAAGGGCGAUAACCCCACUAGCUGUCAUUCCAAAUGGACGCCGGUCGUCGAACCGCGGAUGUGCCGGUUGGUCGUCCGGGCCCUGUUCUUCCCAAAGUUCGCACCAGGUCCCUGGUCAUGUACCUUUUUUCCUUCCAUCGUCUUUUUCUUCGCGAAGUUCACAGUGAGAGUUUCUCUCUCCAUCUUUUUUUUAUUCCCCCACUGAUCAAGGGCCCUUGGUGGAAGAGAUACAGGCACUGGGAUGAGGGUUGGGAUAUGAGUCGCGACAGGCUCCGUGCGGAAGGCUACCUACCUGGAGGCUGGGAACCAGUCAGUCCGGCUUGUAACCUAACCACCUGUGGGCUGAACGGGAAGGGGAGGGAGAAACGCUCCGAUCCAUCAGUGAAGACGGUGGAUCGUUUCACGGAAUUUGGUCACCGUCUAACGCGGAUGGAGAGAACUGACCGGUUGAUGGAGCCCUCGGGCUCGGGCCUACGGAUUAGUGUAGAUGACACAAAUGAAGCGACGUUGAGCCGUGAUGAUGAUGUGCAAGAGCAGAGCCCAUGCACUUAGCCGGGUUAACCACCCUAGUCAGUAUUGAUGCAGAGCCACCCUGUGCUUUGGCAUAUCCCCCCUGGACUUUUCAUGC